CAUUAUACAUGCCGUGUGUUGGUAGUGUAGAAUAAAAUGUGUUUAUGCUUGUAAAGUGAAUUGCAGUGGGAAUGGCCCCAAUUUGUUUUAUAGUUCUGGCUUUGCUCGCUUUUGGGAAGACACAGGAGAAUGAUUUCCAAGAGAACCGUAGAUUAGCCAAAAUUAUAGUAGAGGCGCUACAGGACACAAGCUUCGAUCAGGAACUGCUUUUCGACCUGAAGAAGGAGAACCAGGUCUACCUGAACAGGACCAUGUCGUUACUUAUUAAGUAUAUUGUUAAAAGGGAAGUGGACAACUACCGUUCCCGGAGGACGGACGCAAUAAGCCGUCGGAUUUACUCGUCUCUCGUCAUGAAACUCAUCGAUAUUGCUAAGGAUUUACCCCGUAACUCAAGCACCAGCAGCCGAAUCGACACCGCCCACCGCUACUACAUGUCAGUGGAGAGCAAAGACAUGCACGACCAGAUGGCAGACGUGCAAGUGUUCCAUGUUUGCGCCAGGCUCUAUGACGUUAUGUUUACUGCACCGCGUAUUCUUGCUCAACUAGGCAGUCUAGAUGAUCUGACUCCGAAGAUCCUCAUUCGAAAACUGAAGGAUAUUGAAAUAAAACCUGUCCAUCUUGGAAUUGCUCUUCUUAUCCAGUUCCACCUCCGCAACACGGUAAACUUCGCGUUACACUCCAAGGCCCUGGACGUGUUAUCCACGAAGCCCCAAGAAGUGGGGCCCCGGGUGAUUGAGUUGCUCAAGUCCCUCGCCGCACGGUUGCUCCCCCUGGCGGAAUUAUUGGACAUCCACCUUGCUCACUCUAGUCCGGCUUUUAAGGACACCUGUCCAGCUACGUGGCUUGGCAUUGUUAAUAAUAAAAACCCGUAGAAUAC